ACAGAGCCCCGCCACUCCCCGGCUGGUGGGACAAUGGGCUGGGCUGGGUAACUUGCAGCCACCUUGCCCUGCCCCUAUCGCAGGAGGAUCUGCAGAGCUGGACAGGUUCUGUGGAAUGGUUAACCCGAGACAAUCUCACCCUGAGCCAAUCACAGGCGGCAGCAGCAAAUACCUGCAGGAUUAGAGCCACUGCUCCCCAUAGCUCUGGCUCUCUGGCCCCGGGAGCCUGGCCAGAGCUGCUGCGUCUCCCCGAGCCAGCGUGGGCCUCGAGGACGCUGCCAUGGCACUCCUGGUGCCUCUGGUUCUGCUCUGCCUGGGGGCAGCUGUGUGCCCAGGGCGAGGGGCGCCGGUGCCCAGCCAGGAGCAGGUGCUGCGGAACGUGUGGGCCCUGCUGGCGUCGGGAGAAGGCUCUCUGCUCCACGCUGCGCUGGACUCCCUCUUAAGUAUCCUGGCGGCCCGUGUGCAGUGCCCAGCAGUGCCGUGUGAAAAGUGCAUCUCCGUGCCGGACAUCUUCGUGCUUGUGGGCAAGGCAGAGACGGGCAACGCCAACCUCACGGCUACGGAGCUCCUGCGGCUCGGUGCGGGCAUGCUGCUCUACCUGACAGACCCCACGGCCACCUGCGCUGCAGUGAGGGGCGGCCAGUGGGCGGCCGAGGCCGGGGCCUUCCUCACCAGCUUCUCCAGUGGGAAUCCCGCUGCGGGGCCCACGGCGGACAAAGUGGCGGAGCUGCUGGGAGGCAUACGGGAGAAUUACAGAGACGCAGACAGGCACCAGCCGUGCCUGGAUGCAGGCCACGUCCUGCAGAAGAGCACCGCAGUCUCUGGCCAGGUGGCAGCCGACGUGGCCGGGCAGGUGCUGGUGACGAUCAUGUACCAUGUGCUGCUGGGGGACUGCUUCCAUGCCCUGCCGCCCCCCCACUAUUUCCUGGGGUACAUCUUCCGUCGCUAUGGCAAUGAGUCCCAGAACCUGACGCUGGCAGGCCUGAGCGCACUGAUGGCCAAGCUGGCCUUGGGGCCAGAGGAUGAGCACACGGGCCAUCACCAUGAUGACAAAGCACAUGCCAAUCACCGCGAGGAGCCCACGUCAGCUCCCCACGCCAGCCAGCGCCCCGGCAACCUCACGAACCGCGACGUUCACGUGGGCCCGCACCACGGCGACACGCCCAGGCGGCUGAGACGGAGCCUCCCUGGGCAGAGGGAGCCGGACGAACCUGGUCUCGUCUGGGACGCGAUGUGUCUGAGCCCCGGCGACCUCCUGGAGAUUUACAGCCUCGACCCCGGCGCAGGGAUCUCUGGCUCGGACUUCACCAGCCUCAGCCCGGCUCUGAUCCAGCAGCAGCUCAGCAGGGCCUGCUCUGGCCGUCACCUGAGUGCCCCCGGCGGCCAACUGACCGUGGCAGAGAGGUACAUCUAUGGCUCACUGGCCACGCUGGUGAUCUGCCUGUGCGCACUGCUUGGCAUAGUCCUCCUCCUGUGCUCCGCCUGUGCCAGUGCCUACCCUUACAUCAUCCAGGGCUUUGUCAGCCUGGCCGUGGGCUCACUCACCGGGGACGCCCUGCUCCACCUCAUCCCCCAGGUGAGCAGCUGGGCCUGCCGGGGUGCACAGCUCGGGAAUGAGCAGCAGCGCAUGAUCCCCUACAUGAUCACCAUCGGUGACGCCAUCCACAACUUCGCCGAUGGGCUGGCCGUGGGGGCUGCCUUCUCCACCUCCUGGAAGACGGGGCUGGCCACGUCACUGGCCGUGCUGUGCCACGAGCUGCCACACGAGCUAGAGCAGCGCAUGAUCCCCUACAUGAUCACCAUCGGUGACGCCAUCCACAACUUCGCCGAUGGGCUGGCCGUGGGGGCUGCCUUCUCCACCUCCUGGAAGACGGGGCUGGCCACGUCACUGGCCGUGCUGUGCCACGAGCUGCCACACGAGCUAGGGGACUUUGCGGCCCUGCUGCAUGCGGGGCUGAGCGUCAAGAAGGCCUUGUUGCUGAACUUCAGCAGCGCCCUGACCGCCUUCCUGGGGCUCUACAUCGCGCUCUCGGUGACAACAGGCGAGGAGUUCCAGGCCUGGAUCUUCACCGUGGCCACGGGCCUCUUCCUCUACGUGGCCCUUUGCGACAUG